AUGUACAAGCAGAAUAGCAUCAUUGGAAUUGGAAAGAUGGGAACUAUGUACAAGGCAAGACUCCCAAACGGAUGGUUUCUUGCCAUCAAGGGUCUCUUCAACUCAGAGCAGUUGCAUCAAAAAAUUGCAUCUGAGACCAUAACUCUAGGCAAAUUAAGGCACCGGAGGCUGGUGCCUCUAAUCGGAUUCUGCCCUGAAAAGGAGGACUUGUUUCUAGUAUAUAAGUACAUGUCAAAUGGCAAUCUUUACAACUGGUUACAUGGAAGAAAAGAUGAGGUGGAUAUUAUGGCACAUUGGGCUUUGAGGGUUAAGGUUGCUGCUGGCAUAGCAGAAGGGUUAGCAUGGCUUCAUCACAAAUAUCACAGACCAUCGAUGCUUCAAGUACAUGAAACCCUGGCAGCAUUUGCAGAAAUCUAUAACUACACAGCUGAUUGUGAGAUGUCCUAUUGA